AUGGAGUGCGAUAUUUGCAUGCGAUCGUACAGCUCCAGGUUACCCUUUUGCUGUCCUUCAUGCGCCAGAAGCGUCCUGUACGAACCUCGAUUGCGCAAUGCAAAGCUUCUCCUGGAAAAGGAACACCUCGCUUCACGAAUCGAAAGUAUCCAUUCUUCAGCUAAAGGGACCGAUAAAACACCCAACACUCUAGAAGUCAGGCAGGAUGGUCAGGCAAUUACAAGAUGGUCUGUCGAGAGCAGAAACAUCCAGAAAGCCCAAGCCAAGGACAGGACGAAAGUCAUACAUGAGCACAUUCAGACAUUAAGAGCUGAAAUCAAGGCAUUUCGGGAGGAGAUUGCCAAGCGUAAGGCCAUGCUACAGAAAAAAAGGUCCGAGUGGAGUACUAUCAAGAGUGCGGUAUCAGAGCGGCAGAAGGCUAGCUCAGAGAAAGCGCAGGAGGAAAUCAAGAAGAUCACGCAGUCAUGGGAUACUAUCCAAAAUAAGGCAAUCGAGACUCGAAGCUUCUUGUGCAGGGAAGCAGCACAUCUACAUGGUUUACGUCAGAGGAAGAAAAUGAGAGGCGGCGUCGUAAGGGAUCAGUACACGAUUGGCGGUAUUCCCCUUCUCGACCUCAAAGACAUUAAUAGCGCCAAAGCGAACGAACUCACCACCUCUCUAAAUAAUACAGCUCACCUCGUUGUUCUUAUCUCGUUCUAUCUUUCCCUCCGUCUUCCUGCAGAGAUCACUCUUCCACAUCGUAAUUACCCUCUUCCCACCAUCUUCACACCCACGAAUUCAUAUCAAGGCCGAGAAGUACCCUUCCUAGGCACCACCCCCACAUCGUCGUCAACCAACAGUCCUGCUGGCUCUCGCCAUACAGACCUAAGACCGCUACCGCGCCCCCGCCCCUUGUUCAUUGAACCUGAAAAUCUUAAAGAUAAAACACCCCAUAUCGCCAAAAGAGACUCAACAGCCUUUGCGUUCUUCCUCGAAGGAAUCUCCCUACUAGCAUGGGACAUCGCCUGGCUCUGUCGAAGCCAAGGAAUGUACGCUGGCACUGAAUCAUGGGAAGAUGUCUGCAACAUGGGUCGAAACCUGUGGAAUCUUUUGAUUGCGCCGCCACAGUCGCCAGCCUUGCUGAGAGUGCUCUCAGGAAGAGACGUACGACAGCAAAGGACCAUCACCCCAUCCGCACAUCUUGCAGCCCCCUACAGAUCCUUGAGACUAGGUCACUUCUCGCACGAUUCAGCCCAUUCAUUCCCAGUCAACGGCGCCGACUUCCUCCGAGGCUGGAAAUUGACCAAAUAUACCAUGAUCGUCGACCCGUUAAAGCGCGCCCUGAUCGGCGAAAUGAGCAACGCAGAAUGGGAGAUGUUGGAGCAGGACGAAUGGGAUGACGGGGGUGAGCAAUUUCGAGCCGACGAAGCAGUCUUCAUCAGGAACAGAAACUCAGCGGAGAUGGAAGGUCGGUCAAGUUUUGAUGAUGCGAGGAGUAUUAUGACAGCUAGAACGGAGAGAAGGAGUGAAGAUCGCAGAGUUGAGACUGAUCGUGGGAAAGAGCUUGUAGAUGCUGAUGCUGAUGCUACUGUUGCUGUUUCUGGACGGGUAAAAGGAACAAGUGGCUGGACCAAGGUGAAGAACCGAGAAAAGUGA